AUGGGCACCGUGUUCGGUCGAAUCCAUGAAGAAACCCCGAAGUACGAGAAGCUCGGGUGCGUUGGGCCAAAUGACAAUAUUGAGAUCCGUCGCUACGAUCCGGUGUACGUAGCGUCGGUGUCUUCCAAAGAUAUUCCUGGGGUCACCACGAACGUUCAGUUUGCUCGAAUGGCGUUUGGGGCCCUUGCACGCUAUUUUGGCGUGUUCAGUGCACCAGAGAACAGGCCUCACUCGGGGGAAAGCGACCCUGGGGAGACCAUCCCCAUGACCGCCCCUGUAGUCGUGACCACGGCCGAGAAUGCAGAGGCGGAAGGUGGUGAGCAGAUUGCCAUGACAGUGCCGGUGGUGAUGUCGACGUCGAAUGACAGCGUGGACAUGUCGAUGAGUUUCAUCCUGCCAUCAAAGUUCGAAAAUCAAGUCCCUCCAACUCCAUUGGAUCCCAAGGUGCACGUCAAGAAACUCGAGUCUCGUCUUAUGGCGGUGAAGAAGUUCUCGGGCGAGCUCACCAAGUCCACUGCCGAAGCCGUGGCCUCGGAAGUGAUUGGUGUGUUGGAACUCGAAGGCAAAUUCAAAAUCAAGCGAAAUGAGCAUGGACGUCCGGCGUGGGAGUACAUGGGGUACAACGCUCCGUACACCCUUCCUUGGUUCAAGACGAACGAGGUGGCUGUCCUUCUGGAUGACGUGAUUUUGACUUCCUCGAGCUCAAGCGCAGACGAAUAGUCCUGCCCGCAGUUGUGAUCUCAGUAACGUUACUGCACACCGGUAUGUAU